AUGAACAAGAAUGAAGUGUACAAAUUGCCUUCUUCACUAUCUAUGUGUUCACUAUUAAAACAUUUGAAACUUUCUUCUUGUUCGAUCAGUCCUCCACCAAGCUUCAAAGGUUUAAAUAGGCUGAUUACACUGGAAUUGCUUGAUGUCAUCAUUGAUACUGAAGUAUUAGGAAGUUUGAUAACUAGCUCACCAGAACUGGAGCAACUGGUGUUGCAUGUCCCAGCUGGUUUUCACCACUUAACAAUUGAUGCUCCUAAGCUAAAACUCGUUAAAUUGAAAUGUUUCCGUGCAUAUGUUUAUUUUAAGAAAUCCCCACUUCUUGCAAUAGUUUCAGUUGCUUCCUUAACUACUAUAUGUUACAAUUCUAUCAUUCAUAGAAAAUAUGACUUCAUUGAGUUUUUUGAUUCCCUGCCCGCACUUCAGCAACUGUGCAUAGACUAUCAGAUGAUGAAGAUUUUGGCUGCAGGUCAAGUCCAAACAAGGCUUCCAGCUACUUUAGUCCACCUUAAAAUUCUGAGUUUAUUCUAUAUAUGUUUAGACUCAUCAGAGGAUCUCUCUUAUGUUCUUUUCUUGUUCAGAAGCUCCCCCAAUAUUGAGAAACUGAAACUCCAGAUUUUGCAUAGGCCAUAUGUUGAUGCACUUCCUGAGAUGACACUCAUCAAGCUUUUAUUAGAGAAAUCGCCGAAGCUUGAUAGGAUGGUGAUCAGGCUGAAAUGGCCAUUAGAGAAACUUGCUGACAAAGGAUUUGGGAUUUUGAUAAAGACGAACAAAUUUGAGCGUGCUUCACCAAAUGCAAAGGUCAUUUUUAAAGCUUUGGAUGAAACUGAACUGUGGUAG